ACGGGGACCCCGCGGUGGCUCUGGAGGUGCGCCCCCCACCGCCCCCGCCCCCUCCAAAGCCGGUGAGGAAGCCUCCGUCCUGGACGUCAGGAGGGCGCAAGGAGGGCGAAGGACAGUCGGCGGAGGACGGAGGGAUAGUAGUUAUGAUGAGUCAACGCCACAUGGACGCGCCCAGACGCGACCCCCACAGCGCCGUCCCCUCCACCAGCGUCAUACUCGGAGCGGUGUGUGGCGUGGUGGGGUUCCUGAUCAUUAACGUGACGGUGGUGAUGGCUGUGAGGCAAUACUCACACACGAGGGCACGUCGGCGCCGGCUUCUUGAACUACAGUUGGAACAACACGGCGGCUACCUCUACAACUUCGAGGAACUGAUGGCAGACUACAACCAGCAGAUCAAUGCUGGCAAUUCUUAGACGAGGGUCAGAGGAAUUCUACAAGCUCUACGAAUGUCCUGAGAGAGUUUCGACAAGCACUUCGAGGCUCUAGGAUGCUCUGUGAAACUCACGAAGUUCUAAGAGUCCUUUACAAGGCUCUAUGAAUCCUUUACUAAGCUCUAUGAGUUCUUUACAGGCUCGUACAAGCCUAAGUAAGGCUCAAAUGAGGCUUUGUGACAUUUUGAGAGGCGGGAUAAAUCUC